GGUAAAACGUUCAGCAUCUGGCACCUGAAUGACCUGCGUGACUUCAGCAGGUCCGUCGCCCUCUUCCUCUUCGGGGACGUUCACAAGGAACACUGGAAGACGGACCAAGGCACUGCUGUGGGCCUCCUCAACGCUAACCAGAUGAAGCCCAAGGAAGGAUCAGAGGAGGAUCUACAGGGAAGCCCACCCCAGCUAUCCAAUCCAUCUCUCCUUCAGCUCUGCUGAAGCUACAGAAACAGCAAAUGUUGGCGGCCAGGAAGCGAAGAUCUGACGAAAUCCAGAGGAGAUUUCUUCAGGACCCUGCGGUUAAAAAGACCCCAGUCUCACCCACUUCUGUGGGGCAGGCUGUGCUGCAGUCGCCAACGCCAGCGUCUGAGUUUCCUAAAGCUGCACGGCUGUCCAGCCCCCAGACCCCCAGACUUGGUUCGGGUCUCUCUAAAGGGGACGACGUUCUCUUCUUUGACGAUUGCCCCCCUCCGGCCCCCAAACUGAGCCGCUCGGCAGAAGCCAAAAAGAUGGCAGCGAUACAGAAACUGCGCGCCAAAGGCCAGAUCAUUUCCAAAGUAGAUCCCAACAGCGUCAAACGGAAACGAUCGGAUGUUGACGUCCCAGGGAUUUCCGAAAGAGUGGAAAAAAAUAUCACGGAAGUAGAAGAGGGGGGAGCGUUAGAGCCCCUGGAAAAGAAGAGGCGCCAGCAGCUUGAAUACCUGGAAUCGGCGGAGUUUCAAGAGAUCCGGAAUGCUCGCUCCAGGCACAACGGGGUCCUUAAGGAGUUUGAGGCUGAGAUGCAGGAAAGGUACUUCGAGCCCUUGGUGAAGAAAGAACAAAUGGAAGACAAGAUGAGGAACAUCCGAGAAAUGAAAUGUCGGGUGGCAACAUGCAAAACGUGCAACUACACCUAUUUCAAACUGCUGGAUUCGUGUGUGGCGGAAGGUCACGCUUACCACUGGCACAACGGGGUGAAGAGGUUUUUCAAGUGUGCCUGUGGGAACAGAGCUAUUUCGCUGGACAAACUCCCCCAAAAACACUGCAGUAAUUGUGGCCUCUUUAAAUGGGAACGUGAUGGAAUGCUCAAGGAGAAGAAAGGUCCCAAAAUCGGAGCAGAAACUCUUCUGCCAAGAGGGGAAGAACACGGCCAGUUUCUCAACAGCGUGAAAUAAUGGCGGAUGGAUCCUGUCUUCGGCGAUUGAAUUCCCCAUCUGGAGAAACUCCCUUCCCGUGAAACGUUUUCGCACAGCCAUCUUCCUUCCCUGAACUGAAGAGGCCGAUCCAAAUAACUUUUUCUGUUUCUUUGAAACCUGGAAGGGUUUGGGGUCUAAUCUUCGCCCUUUCGUUGGAUUUGGGAAAGAAAUGUCAUCUUGGAUAGUUGAUGGCGUAUUUAGAACGGAACGGUGAAAGUCCGUUUCUUGGGAACGGUGAAGUCUGAGAUUUUGGCAAGUUUAGGAUGAGGCUGGGGAAAAAAAAUACUGAUCUCCUGUUUUCUGAGUUUCAGUUGUAUCUGAAGAUAUACUUCUCCUGGUCGGUCUUCGCCUAAAGCAGAGG